ACAAACAACCUGCUUCAAUUUUCUUUGACUCCUUAGAAGCUACGUUAUUUAAAAUUACUUAUUACUAAAUCCUUACCUGGCUGGGGAGACACCAUGAUCAAGAAGGUGGUUCGCCCAGUCUGACUCUAUUGUUGUCGUGCUGUGUAUGGGGCACAAUAAAUAUUUCUGUGGCUUCUUAUGCCAAAAAUCCAUCCCCCUGACGGGAGGACCACUAGGGCAUCGGCACCUAGUCACGCCAACCGCAGGAAUGCAGUACGCUUUGAUUGGAAGAUCUACAGAUGGACCGGUUGCAGUUCAGCAGACAAAUCCUGCAAAAACAACUCGGCAUCUCUCAGCUUGACUGUCUAUUUGCUUUUCCUGGAAAAAAGAUCUUUGAGGUGAUUUUCACCACCAUGCAACACUAUGAAAGUUGUCUUGAGAAGUUCGAGAAGAAGUCAGCACCAAGCUUCAGGAAGAUCACCAUAUCACCCUUGGCAGAAAGAGACCUUAAAACUGUACAUGUCAUGAUCUUCUCAGAAAGAGUCAGAAACCAAGACGUCUGGACAUGGAUGGCACGGUACUGUGAAGUAAUCAAUCCCAUGGAAGUAAUGGACAUUGAUGGAAUCAAGACAGGCACCAGGGGAUUCCAAGUUCGGCUCAUAAGUCGACAGGGUCCUACAGCAUCUUCCAAAGACCAUCCAGUUGGGAGCUUUCAGAGGGUCUGUAUUCUACCCUGGUCAGCCCAAAGAAUGCCGUAAAUGUGGCAGCCUAGACCACCUGGCUGCUGCAUGUACCAUGAACGUCUGCAGGAACUGCAAAUCCUCAGACCACACAACAGCACAAUGUCCAACUCCAGUGAAAUGCAACCUCUGCUCCUCGGCCAACCAUUGCUUUAAGGACUGCCCUCAAGCAUACUCCAACCGGGUGAAACUGUCUACACUCAGAUCAACAGUAUCUUUAAGCCAGGAAGAUAUUUGUGAAAUAACAGAUGAUGACAACCAGGCACCCAGUCCACACGCAAACCAGGUGCAGCAGCCACCAAGCUCUGCUCUCCAGCAACCAAAUGAUCAACCAGCGUUUGACCUGGAGGAGGAGGUGCAAGAUGGGGCAGGGGUUAUGGACUGGAGCGCUGAAUUAUCCAAGGACGACAAUGAAGUUUCCAACUCCUCUGCCUCCACAACGGCCCUCGUCAUCUUGCAUCAAGCAGAGCACCUCUCAAGCUCAAAGAUAGAAUUGACACUGGUGACGCUACAGGAGGCAGGGAACCGCCUCGCUAACGUGCUGGCUAGCAUCCCCCUUCAAGAGUCAACGGCCGAUCUUCUCUUCCAGGAGUUAGAGGGUUCAACAUCCCAACGGCCAAGGAUCACCGUCCACCCAUCACCAGGCUCAUCUGCCUCCUCUUCAGUGAACAGCCAACCUGUGAUGUCGUUAUCUGCAGCCAAUCUGGCAACAGUAUCUGAUCUCACCCCUCAAAUCUCCACAGAUCAGGCUGAAGAAGCCCCCCUACCAACACAAGCCUCUUUGCUCCUUCCCAUCACCACCUGCUGGGUACCAGACCUGGUAGGCUCUCCUACAAGGAAAUGCCAAAAUGAGUCUCCUACCUCAAACCCCUUUUUAGAACAAGAUGUGGUAGUUGCCUUCUCUUCUACUGCACAGAUCAAAGACAUGUCAAAUGCAGAAAAAGCUGCAAAACCAAAGAAAAAGAAGCUCAUUAGGAAAAAAUGGAUGUCCCAUAAUUUGUCACUGAACUAACACUCUUGACCGCCCUGAACUACAUCCCAUGGCUCCUCUCUCCAUAGCAUCCCUCAAUACUAGAGGACUCAAUGACCCAGUAAAGUGUUCGUCAGCCUUCACUUUUCUACUUUCAGAAGGGAAUGAUAUAUCUUUACUUCAAGAUUGUAACUUAUUCUUCAGGGAGAAUUACAAGGUCUUUGAGGACAGAUGGAGGCAUGGCCCAUCAGUAUGGUCAGGUGACAACAAAAACAGAUCCUCAGGGGUUGCAGUAUUAUUUAAAGGGCAAGAUUUUAUCAUUCAGAGGGUACAACGUGUAAUUGAUGGGAGAAUUCUUUGUGUUGAUGUUUCAUGGUUCGGCAACAAGUUUAGAGUAAUCAGUGUGUAUUGUACAGUGGAGCUUCAAGAGCGGUUGGCAGUAUUCAAAGAAUUACAGCCCCUUUUGUUGUGCAGCAGAGAGGUCAUUCUGGGCGGUGACUACAACUGCUUGGUAAGCAGAAAGGAUAAACUAACCACCCCCACAGUAAGGCUUGAUUCCAGUUCUGAAAUCCUACAAAACAUCAUUAAAGAUUUUCGAUUGAAGGAUGCGUACCGCUCAAAGAAUCCAAUUUUAGCAGCUGUUACCGCAUGUAUGGUGUGUCAUCUCUAGAGCGACUGUUCAAUGAGUGGGCUGACAGUGGCAUAAUGGUGCAGCUUGACACCUUUGACUGGAUUCACAGGUUUGAUGGAGCUGUCCGAAAAGGUUUCAGGUUUAUCUCGUCAGUGGAAUCAAAGGUGUCAAAGGCUAGCAAAGGAGGAAGCACAUGGUGUACAUUUCUCCUCUGAUACACCGCCUGAACCAGAUAUGCCAGGAGUAGUUUGGCAAGGUUGUGGAGCCAAACUACCAGCCUCCUGUUCCUGCUGGGGACGAGCAAAUUGGUUUGGAGUAUCUGUUCUCUCGAUAAUCAGAAAAUUUCAGUGCUCCAGACCAUUAUGUUCAGACCUUCAAGCGGUGGAGGAUGAAGACGAUGAGGUGGUGGCUGACACAGAGGGAUCCCUGGAGGAGGAUGUGGGCUACAACUCUUGAAAGUGACAAUCUGACUCCGCUGAGAAAGAGUCUGCAUCUCACCAAUUGGGUUGUCGUUUCUGAGCAUGAUCCCUGUGUGGAGGAUGUGUGCGGUCCAAGCCAUCUGCCUGGGUACCAGCAUGUAGAGGAGCUGAGUGGCAUGCUAGUUGAGUUUGCCUUGGAGGAGGGAAAGCUUACUCUCAGUGAAGCCAUGAGACAGCGAAUCACCAGCGGCAGAAACAAGCAGGAUCUCCGCGAUCGCAGCAUCCAGCAUUUUGACAGCCUCUAUUCAGCAUGUUGGGGUAACACUAUGUUCGGCCGCACUAAAGGUGAUCUUGGUGAGUCAUCUCUAAUGCUAAAGCUGAAGUUCAGCAAGCGUUACUCAGCCACCAACCUGUAGUACUCCAGAAAGAACUGCCCGAUGUACUGCAUCAUUAAAUAACUGUGGCUUCAUCCAGACUGUGGUGAAAAGGCUUGAGGGUAGCCACUGAAGCAUCAAGUGUGUGCAGCAGAGAGUGACAGUUGACAACCCCGAACUCGGCAAUACACUUUGGAGUUUCUUUUAAGGAUGGAAAUCCUGAGUUUGCAAAGUUCAUCAGGAGACAGGAAGCCUCGUCAGCCAAGAAUGUGAUGAGAUGUCAUCCUCUUUUAUGACAAGCCACUGUUUAAUGGAGCAGAAAGCUUCCUGAGCCAGUUUUCGCUCGUGGUCACUUCUAUUCUAAUGAUCAGCUUUAAGGCACAUGUGAAGGCUGUACCACUGCUACAUUACCUGGAACGUGAAGGAACUGAAGUGGCCCUGUCGAUGUUCAAGGUGGCAGUAGAUUGAAGGGAACAACUGGAUGUACUUAAGGAGUUAAGAGGUAAACGUUUUAAUCCUGCUAUCUCCAUGCUAACGGAUGCAGAUCACAGAGUAAUAUACAAUGAUUAUGAAGACAUGCCUUUUUCAGAAUGGAUGGCCUAUCAAAGCAGCUGCAAAGUACCAAGAUGAAAGUGACGAUGACUGAUGGGGAUCUCUUCGGUCACUGUUGGAAACUAUAACAAUACAUCACUGUUAUUGUGUGUGUGUGUGUGUGUGUGUGUGUGUGUGUGUGUGUGUGUGUGUGUGUGUGUGUGUGUGUGUGUGUGUGUGUGUAAAGGAGCACUCACAUUGGUAAUACGAAAUUAUAUACCGUAUAUGUUGACCAAAUGUACUGUACUUUUACUAAAAGUCAUGUAUGCUGUCAAACUUUUUUCUUUGUUUACGCCUUCAAGCUCAUUGUCUGCCCCAUUUCUGUCCAUAUAUAUUGAUAGCUUAAUUAACUUAAGUAAAGUGUACCCUGCUGUGAUCUUUUGCACCAGCACACAUUUGCUCAGCCUGAAAGGCAUCCUUCAGUACGGAGCAUUCCAUAUGAGCAGCUGAAGUUUUGUUCACCAAGAUAAUCUUGUAAAAUGAACGCCCCACCCAUACAUCACCACCACUAAGCUUCAUUCUACACAAUUAUUCUACACGUAGAGUGAGAGAAGUAAAAGCUAAAAUGGGCUGGUAAAGACGGACAAGUGAGUAGAUGUGUCUGUUGUGAUGAUGAUGGUACAUGUCCAUGACAACAUCUGUAAUCCUUUUUUGUUGGCAACUGCCGUUUUUAAGACAAGCUGUUUAUAAUUAAACAAUGGGACAUUCAAUUGUGUAUUUCAUGUCGUGGAAGACAAGUGUAAAUAUCGUAUGCUUCAGAUACUAGAGAACUGGAUUUGCAAACGACUAAUUUCCAGGUUUUAAGAAGACUACACACUACAACGCUGUAUUUCACUCAGUUUCCAUCACCAGAGGGCGACAUAGCGCAAUACAUCAUCGUGAAAGGGCAACUGUCGAAGAUAAAUGUAUGCAUUUGUUAAAUGUUCAUUUGAACACAUUAUCUUAUGUUAUACUUGAUCUCGGUCACAUAAAUUACCCGUAUAAACCAACAAUUGUGCUGACAUUGAAGCUACAAACAGGAAUUUGAUAUAGUCGUCCGUAGUGACAGCUCAUUGGGCAGUAGCCCCCCACGUGACCAGAAAUGGCUUUAACCCGCAUUCACUAUGACAACAUUUCGUAACUAAAGUGUGCGAUGUAACGUUUCUUUUGUGCCGAUCAGUCAUAAAAUAUGAAACAACACUUUAACAUUUCGUUGGCACUGUUUUUGUGGUUACUUAAAUCAUACAACCGUGACUGAGAGUUAUAGUGAGGAGAAUGACUCUCCCACUUUGCCAGAAAUAUGGUAUCGCUUCUCGGCCUUUUGGCUAAGAUCAAGUGUAGUAUCUGUUCUUAUCAGUUUAAUAUCUGAUACGUCCCCUACCCGGGGACCAUAUAUUAAAUUGAUUUUUGGAGCAGGGAGAUGGAAUAGGGGCUUGCUCCGUCCACUCCACGCAUCGACCUGGUAUUGCAGUACUUCCAGGAACGGUGCACC